AUGGAGGAUUCGGGAUACAUGAAGCCACCAGAGAGCUACAACGAAAUUUCAAGAUUGGAAGAGGUCACCAAAUUUAAGGAUUUGGAACAUUGGACUAGCUCUAAAUUUUUCACCAAAUUAUUGUCAAAGUUAAGAAAAGAAUUCAAAGUAUGUGGUGUUUCCAUUUCAUUGAUUGAUAACCUCAAAUGUUACUACAAAUUUGAAACAUGUUUAGGAAUUGCCUCUGUCCCUCGUUGUGUGGCAAUUGAUUCGCAUGCCAUCUUAUCAAAUGGCUAUUUCUUAUUGUUGGACGCUUCUCAAGAUUGGAGAACCCGUACAAAUCCAUUGGUUGCUGGACCGCCAAAUUUGAAGUUUUAUUGUGGAGUGCCGUUGUUAACUGAUAAUCAGGAGGUUAUCGGAAUAUUAGCCAUAUUUGACAAUCAAUCUAGGAAAGGAUUUUCUGAGGAAUCAUUUAACUCUUUGUUUUCGUACAGAGACGGAAUUAUGAAGUACUUAGAGCUGCCCUUUGAAGAUAGGUAUCGCCAACCUUAUCAAGGGCUCACUGACUCUUUGUUAUUAUAUGGCAAUAGAGCCAAAGUGGAUUCUCUUCUGGAAUUAAGAAUGGAGUUGGGAAGACCUACAACUAACAAAUCGUCAUUAGUUUAUGAAAGGGACGGUUCGGGUGGUCCUUAUAACCAAAAUCAGAAUGUUCGCUUCUACGCAUUUAACAAGCAGGUCAAGAGGGAAUCUUCAACUCAUGAAUCAGAAAAGAAGGAAAAGUUUUCAAGAGGUGGUAUUGUAAACGACCAAAGUACGGGUCAUUACCGCUUGAAAUCCUCUCCGCCCACAGACUUCAUUGACGACAAGAGGAUGUGGCAUAUGCUAUUAAAAGUUGGCUCCUUGAAAAAAGCUGCAAGUGUGUUGUCAAACUUAUUAUCCACGUCUUACGGAUAUGAUUUGGUUUACCUUUUGGAAAUACGAGUAGCUGAAAAAUGCCGGAUUUUGGGUGACUAUUUUCCUCCAGGGAUCGAUAAGGUUGAUAUGGACCUGUUCAAAUAUGCAAACAAACUUGUAAAGUCAAGAAAAUUGCCAGACGAGUUUAUGACGAGAUUAGUGGGUCACCACAAUCAGCACACCACUGGCACAAUAUCGCAGUCCAAGUUUGAAAAGUUUUACCAGAGCUCAAUACAUUACAAGGCUUUUAUAUCAGAGUUUGGGUUGGAGUAUACAAAUUUGAAGCGGGACACACUAUUUAAUCAUGGUUUAUUAAUGCCAUUCUUUAGACAUGACUCAAAAUUAGUUAGGAGCAGUGUGACUAAAAAGGACACGAGUUCCAAGUAUGUCGAUUUGUAUUUAAGAAGUGGGGGUUUUCUACUUGUACUAUUUUCGGGCAAGAACAAACCAGUUGAUAGUGAAAUGGUAUCUGCUGUAUUCAAUCACGCGUGCACAUAUAGAAAGAUUUAUAUCAGCUCUCAAUAA